AUGAGGAUCGUCACAUGGAAUGUCAGGGGCCUAGUGGCCUCUGACAAACGCGGAAUGUUAAAACGACAUUUGGUAAAGAUUGCGAUUGAUAUUGUAUUGAUUCAAGAAACCAAGUGUAUUAGUGAGGAUAUCGAUAAGUUAAUUAGGUUUUGCAAAGAAUGGAAUGGUAUCUUUUCACCAGCAUUUGGAAGAGCGGGUGGAUUGGGGAUUCUAUGGAAUCCCUCCUUGGUAAAUAUUACAAAAAGUUUUGAAGAGAAGCAAGGGUUAUCUUGCCAAGUUCAGCAUAGACUCAGCAAGCUGGAAUUAGAACUUUGGAAUAUUUAUGGACCUACUAAUUCGCAGGAGAAAGCAAAGCUAUGGGAGGAAAUCAGAAAUUGUAUAGCUAAGAAUGGGAAUAAGAAAAUUAUAAUAGGUGGAGAUUUUAAUGUGAUCUUGGAAUUAGCAGAUAAGCGGGGAGGCAUCAGGAAAGUAACCAGGGAUAUAUUAGAUUUUAGGAAUUUUAUACAAAAAAUUGAGGUGGUGGAUUGUAAGCCGACUGAUGGUUGGUUUACAUGGAACAACAGGAGGCAAGGAUAG